AUAGACAUGGAAGAAGCAGGAGGCGCCGCUGGCGCCGUCCGGGCCGUGUCCCGGCGACUGGUCCGGCCGUCGAUCGGCGACGCGCCGCCGCCGGAGGACAUCCACCUCACGCCGUGGGACCUCCGCUUGAUCAGCGUCGACUACAUCCAGAAGGGCCUCCUCCUGCCCGCGCCUCCCGCCGGCGGCGACCGCCUCGUCGGCACCCUCGCGUCGUCCCUGGCGCGCGCCCUGGGCAGGUACUACCACUUGGCCGGCCGUCUCGCCGUCGAGGAGCGGGGCGACGGGACAGUCGACGUCAGGCUGCGCUGCACCGGGGAGGGCGCCGAGCUCGUCCACGCGACGGCGCCCGGCGUCGCCGUCGCGGACAUUGCCGGCUCGGUGUACACCCCGUCAUCGGUGGUCCGGGCCUUGUUCCCGUUGAACGGGGUGCUUGGCGCGGACGCAGCCGUCGAUUCGCUCCCCGUGCUGUCGGCGCAGGUCACCGAGCUCGCCGACGGCGUGUUCGUCGGCGUGUCGUUGAACCACUCCGUCGGCGACGGCUUUGUCUUUUGGGAGUUCUUGAACGCUUGGUCGGAGAUCAACCGGGGAGGAGGAGCAACCAGCGACCUAAGAGCGAUCUCCGCGCGGGUGCACCGGAGGUGGUUCACUGAUGCCAGCCCCGUGCCGAUCCCCCUGCCUUUCAGCAAGCUGCAGCACGUCGUUCGGCGAUUUGAUCCCCCGAUUAUGCAAGAGUGUUUCUUCACCUUCUCCGCCGCGAGCGUCAAGGAGCUCAAGGCGAGGGCGAACGACGAGAUGGCCGGCACGGCCACCGCCACCAUCUCCUCUCUCCAGGCCCUGCUCGCGCACCUGUGGCGAGCGGUCUCCCGAGCGCGGCGCCUCCCGCCGGGGAAGGAGACGUCCUACAGCCUGGCCGUCGGAUGCCGAGGGCGCCUGAGCGGCAUACCGCCGGGAUACAUGGGCAACGCGCUAGUGCCCGGCACGGCGAGCUGCACCGUCGGCGAGAUUCUGGGCAGGGGGCUAGGCUGGACGGCGUGGCAGCUGAACCGCGCCGUGGCGUCGUUCGACGAGGAGUCCGUGAGGGAGUGGCUGGAGAGCUGGACCAGGGAGCCGCAGUUGCGGUACUUUGGGAGCCUUAUGUCCGGAGGCGCGGCGCUGAUGACCGGGAGCUCGCCGCGGUUCGACGUGUUCGGGAACGACUUUGGGUGGGGGAAGCCGGCCGCCGUGCGUAGCGGCCGCGAGGGCAAGAUUGAUGGGAAGGCGACGGUGUACGAAGGGCCGGAUCGGGGAGGGAGCAUGUCCCUAGAAGUGUGCAUCGCGCCUGACGCGAUGGAGAGGCUCGUCGCCGACGAGGAGUUCAUGGACGCCGUCACGAUGUUGCCGGCCCAACAUCAACAUGGGUGAUCAAAUUCUAGCUACUCUUAUGGGCCAUUUUCCAAAUACAUCAUCGAUCAUCUCCGGUCUCGUCGUUCAACAAUCUCGCUCUAAUCAUGGAAAAUUGAAAGCAAAACUGUGAAAUUUUCGAAAAUGUUAUACGGAACCAUGGUUCAGCCGAACCUAUGGUUGACACCAUUGAUCUCUGGACACUUUUCAUAAGAAUCCGUGCAUGAUUAAUUAAAAAAUACAUGAUGGGAGCUGUUUGCAUGUUAAACAAUGCAUGACGCGGAUCCACAUGUAGCAGGAUGUUGAAUCGUACGGCGUCGACCAUAGGUUCGGCUGAACCAUAGUCCAGAAUCAUGCCUCUCUGAAAUUUUUUGUCUGAUCCAGACAGAAGCAAGUGCUCGCAGCGAGGUUAUUGCAAGAAUAAGAGCUGUUAUUAGUUUGAGUUUUCUUCUUUAUGGAUCAUUGCAAUGACCUAUACAUGCAUGUUGUCGGAAGAAACGAAUGUUGUGCUCCUAGUUCAACUUCAGUAACGUGUUAGGACCUAGGAGUGCAUUGUGUAUAAGUGAAUAGGAAAGCUAAU